AUGUCGACUCCCGUGAAGCUGUCGACUCCGGUCAAGGGAGAUGCCACUCCCAAGAAGCCGGAUCUUCCAUUCGGCCUUACUGGUGCAGAGGCCAGAGUCCUCCUGAUCGGCAUGGCCUGUGCCGCCGAUAACCCCAAGCCCAACCAUGCGCUUCUUUACCAACUCGGUGGCUUCAAGAACCCCAACAGUUCUCGCGUGUGCUACAACGCGGCCCGCCGCAAGUUCGAAGAAAAUUUUGCUGAGUUUGUCGAUGACCUCGGCAUUGAGCUCCCUGCCGAUCUGCUCAAACUUCGCAGAGCCAAGCCCAACACUCCUUCGAAGAAAGGGGCGGUUACUACUGACGAUGAGGAGGCCACUCCCUUGAAGCCUACCCCGAAGGGCCGUCGCCAUAAGACUGACUCCGAUACUGAAUACGAGCCGGUGGCCAAGGCCGCUCGUGGCAAAAAAGCCAAGCAGGUGAAGAUCACUCUGAAGUCCAAUGUCAAGUCUUCCGAGUCCGGGGUCGUUGAGAAUAUUACUGCCGAGCACGCCACUGACAGCUUUGUCAAGGCAGAGGAAGCUGCCUUGACUCAGUUGGCUUCCGCUCCUGAGUAUGGCGAAUCUGCCUUUAACUACCCAGACAACGAGGAGCUCUUUGGAGGUGUUGAAGUCUAA